AUGUUACUGGAUAUGGAGAAUCAUUCAACGUUAUUAUCUUUAAACAUGUCCCCGUUUAAUGCUAACUCGGGCGACUCUCCUGCCGGUACCCAAUCUUCCAGUCCAAUGCCCCAGCAAUACGGUUCACCCCCAUUAUCAACACCAUAUAGUAGUUGCCAACAAAGUAUGGGGAUGCCACAUCCCCAAACCAUGAUGAUGUCUCAUAACAUAGACACUUCAUAUUUAUUUUCCUCAGGAAACAACUCCAUGUCCGGAAUUGAUAUGGGUGCCAACUAUCAAAUGUCUGGACCGGCCACUUCAAUAAAUACAGGGGACAUACCGGACACCAAAGACGGCAUCGAAGAGCUGUGCCCUGUUUGUGGAGACAAGGUCUCGGGAUAUCACUACGGUCUUCUAACUUGCGAAUCAUGUAAAGGAUUUUUUAAAAGGACCGUGCAAAACAAGAAAGUUUACACCUGCGUAGCUGAAAGAAGUUGUCACAUAGAUAAAACGCAAAGGAAACGGUGCCCUUUCUGUCGGUUUCAGAAGUGCUUAGAAGUGGGAAUGAAACUUGAAGCUGUACGUGCAGAUCGGAUGAGAGGUGGAAGGAAUAAAUUUGGACCAAUGUAUAAAAGGGAUAGAGCAAGAAAGUUGCAAAUGAUGAGGCAAAGACAGUUAGCAGCUCAAACGUUACGAGGUUCCUUGGGAGAUGGUGCCAUGUAUAACAGUCCGCCUGGAACGUCACCAUUUGCUAAUAUUCAUAUUAAACAAGAAAUUCAAAUCCCCCAAGUAUCCUCGUUGACGUCGUCGCCAGACUCAUCUCCUAGUCCGAUAGCUGUGGCUCUUGGUCAAGUUAAUUCGGCAAUUGUUCAACCUGCGUCAAAUAACCAGCAACCGGCAUUGCAAAUAGUCGGAGUGCAGGGUGCUCCGACUUCAAUGGUUAUGGGUCCCGAAAAUAAACUAUGGGGCCAAGCCAACUCGACCACCACUUCACCACACUCUCUUAGUCCUAAAGCAUUUCAAUUUGAUACCUUGGUACCAGGCAGCAGUGUACCACCCUCAAGUAAGGUGUCGCCCCUAAUCAGAGACUUUGUUCAAGCCAUCGAUGACCGGGAGUGGCAAAAUUCUUUAUAUGGACUCCUGCAGAGCCAGACAUACAAUCAGUGUGAAGUGGAUUUGUUUGAACUUAUGUGUAAAGUGUUGGACCAAAAUUUAUUCUCUCAAGUGGAUUGGGCUAGAAAUUCUAUUUUCUUUAAAGAUCUCAAGGUCGACGAUCAAAUGAAACUUCUUCAACAUUCUUGGUCGGAUAUGUUAGUGUUAGACCAUAUACAUCAGAGGAUGCAUAACAAUCUCCCAGAUGAAACAACCUUACACAAUGGACAAAAGUUUGAUUUGCUUAGUCUAGGUCUACUGGGUGUACCAUCACUUGCUGAUCAUUUCAACGACAUCACGGCGAAGUUACAAGAACUUAAAUUCGAUGUUAGCGAUUAUAUUUGCAUUAAAUUUCUUCUUCUGCUAAAUCCUGAUGUAAGAGGCAUCACAAAUAGAAAACAUGUUCAAGAAGGUUUUGAACAAGUCCAGCAAGCUUUACUCGAAUACACGAUGACGUGUUAUCCUCAAAUACAGGAAAAAUUUAAUAAAAUGCAGCAAUUACUUCCUGAAAUUCACAGUUUGGCGGCGAGAGGAGAAGACCAUUUAUAUCAUAAACAUUGUAGUGGCAGCGCACCCACCCAAACAUUACUAAUGGAAAUGCUACAUGCAAAGAGAAAAUAA